ACUCUGCAGUCUGCGCCUGAAGAAACUCACGGUGCUGAAAGAGCUGGACAAAGAGCUGAGCUCUGUACUUAUCGCUGUGAAGAUUCAGGGUUCAAAGCGGGUCCUGAGAUCAAAUGAAUACGUCCUCCCACCUGGCGGCCUGAUGGAGACUGAGCUGGAGCUGACCUUCUCACUGCAGUACCCACACUUUCUCAAGAGAGAUGGCAACAAACUGCAGAUCAUGCUGCAGCGGAGGAAGAGAUACAAGAACCGCACAAUCCUGGGCUACAAGACCCUUGCAGUGGGCAUCAUUAACAUGGCUGAGGUGAUGCAGCACCCGACGGACGGUGGGCAGCUUCUGGGCCUCCACAGCAACAUGAAGGACGUGAACAUCCGAGUGGCUGAAAUCAGCAUCUACUCUUUGUCCAGCCAGCCCAUUGACCAUGAGGACGGGAACGUCCCCUCAGGUCCUAAAAUCAAAGCUUCAGAUCGCUCCCCAGACAUUGAUAACUACUCUGAAGAAGAGGAUGACAGCUUCUCCUCAGAGCAGGAAGCCAGCGAUGAUGCUGUGCAGGGUCAGGACCUGUUUGACGAAGAGGAUGACUUGAGGAAAACCAAGAAGGCUAGGAGGAAAAUGAUCCGAACCACAUCAAUGACCAGACAACCAAACUUCAAGCAGAAAUUUGUGGCUUUGCUGAAGAGGUUUAAAGUGACGGAGGAGGUCCUGGACUCUGAUCCUGUAGACCAGACCCAGGAGGUGGAGGAAGACCUGGGCUUGCUCUAUGACAGCCUGGAAGAGUGCAACAACAGUGACAGCGGCCCGGAGAUUGAGGACAACGAGAGUGUGCACAGCACGCCCAAGCCCACCCUGAGGCGUUUCUUUGAGGGAGUCUCUCAUUCUGGUUCCCAGACUGAGAUCGGCAGUCUGCACAGCCAGAAAGGGCAGGAUCAAGAGUCGGGCAGCCCUGCGAAGGCGGACAGGCGGAAGCCAGGAGCACUGCGACCACAGGAGGAGCCAGGAGUGGAGGUCCCUGCAGUGGAGGUGGCCACAGAGGAGCCGUGUUCACAACUGGCCCCUGCAGAGGCUGCAACGAGGGAGGGCAGUGCAGACAGGCUGGCCCAGCUGGGCCCCGGGACCAAAGCCGAAAUCCCCAGUGCCGUGUCCCCCAGCAAGGCAGAGAGCAAGCAGUUGUGGCGUCCCCGCAGCACCUCCGUGAAGGACCGGCAGAGCUCCAAGGGACAGGGCGGCCGCGCCAGCAGCCUGGACAGUGAGAGCUCUCCAGACUCGUGGCACAGCACCCAGGUGCCCCGAAAGUCUGUUUACGAUCAGCUGAACCAAAUCCUGGUCUCAGACGAGCAGCUCCCCGAGAGCAUUGUGCUGGUGAACGUCGCCGAGUGGCAGGGGCAGUACGUGAGUGAGCAGCUCCAGGCGCACAAACAGUUGGUCGUAUCCACCUGCUCCGUUGCAGACAUCCAGGCAGCCUUCAACACCACGGUCUCCCGCAUCCAGCGAUACUGUAACUGUAACUCCCACAUGCCUCCUCCAGUGAAGGUGGUGGUGGCGGGGGACCAGAGCUACCUGAGCGUUGUCCUCCGUUUCUUCGUGGAGCAGCUGGCCAGCAAGACGCCUGACUGGCUCAACUACCUUCGCUUCCUGCUUGUGCCGCUAGGUUCUCACCCUCUGGCCAAGUACCUGGCCUCGGUAGACAACAAAUACAGCACUCUCUUCCUGGACACGGCGUGGGGAGCCCAGCUGCCACCAAGGCCCUCACUGCUUUUUGUGCCUGCAGACACCGUGGACAUCGCGGGCCGCGUCACCCAGUUCAUUGCAGGAGCCAGCCUCUCCCACCAGCUGCCCAUCUCUGAGGCCAUGCUGACCUACAAGCAGAAGAGCCCCGAUGAGGACUCCUGCCAGAAGUUUGUACCCUUUGUGGGGGUGGUGAAGGUGGGCCUGGUGGAGCAGUCCUUCAGCGCCUCCGUGGACUCGGAUGAUGCCACUGCCUGCACCCCCUCCCUGCUGAGCUCAACGCCAGCUGCCAGUGCAGCAGCCACCUAUAGCAAGGAGACUGUGAGCACCCCGCCACCCUCCCCGUCUGUCAGCAGUGGCCUCUCAGGUGCUGGGUCUCUGAGUCCCGGUGUGGAGGUGAUGGGCCUGCAGGUGGACUACUGGACAACACAAGGGCUGGACAGGAAGAAGGAGGGCGAGAAGCGGGAGACGGGUAUCAAGAACACGCUCAAAAGCAACUUCCGCUCACUCCAGGUCAGCCGCAUCCCCAGCACAGGGGAGCUGGUGCCGCCUAGCACCAUGGCCAUGACCGUGGUCACCAAGGAGAAAAACAAGAAAGUGAUGUUCCUGAGCAAGAAACCAAAAGAGAAGGACCUGGAGCCCAAAAGCCAAGUCAUCGAAGGGAUCACACGCCUCAUCUGCACAGCCAAGCACCAGAACACCAUGUUGCGAGUCUCCAUAGAUGGGGUGGAGUGGAACGAUGUGAAGUUUUUCCAGCUGGCAGCACAGUGGCCAACGCACGUCAAGUACCUCCCUGUGGGCAUCUUCGGCUACUCGAAGAGUGUGUGAGAAGCCGGGGCAGCCCUUGGAUGGAGCUGCAGCGGGUUGCAGGAGAAGACAGGGACAUGGAGAGAUGGACACGCUCUCGUCACCUCUCUUCUGCGGCCCAGCCCCUGCCUGCUCUGCAGAGGGAGAUACCACACCUGCACCGCUCCCUAUGGGGCAAGACCUGUGAAAGUGAGGCCAGUGAGACUGGGUUCAUGCACCCUCCAACACCAGCCAGGGGACCAUGCCAUCUGCCUCCCGUGACCCCC